CUCUCUAUAAAUACCCACUACAAGACACCCUUUGCGCUUCCAAAUCAGUUAUCUUCAGUCUUUUCUUGGCGUUUGCUUUUGAUUUUCAACUCUACGCAGUAUACAGGCAAGAUGUCGAGUAAGAAAUCGUGUAUUGUUGAGUUCGAUGGUGCUGCAAAAGGAAAUCCUGGACCUGCUGGUGCUGGAGCAGUACUUCGAUCCGAGGAUGGACGUGUGAUAUGUCGAUUGAGCGAAGGUGUUGGUAAUGCAACCAAUAAUGUGGCUGAAUACCGUGGAAUGCUUUUGGGAGUGAAGCAUGCCAUGAGUGAAGGUUAUGAACGGAUUUCUGUCCAAGGCGACUCUCAACUUGUAACUAACCAGGUUGAGGGCCAUUGGAGAACAAGGAGUGAGAACUUGCAGCCAUUGUGCAGUGAAGUCCAGGGGCUCAGGAAUAACUUUGACUCUUUUGAGGCCCGCCAUGUUCCUAGGGAUUAUAACCGUGAUGCCAAUGACCUAGCGAACAUGGGUGUGCAUCUCAAGGAUGGUGAAGUGCGGGUGUACAAGGACUAUUAAGUUGAUCAAAGGGAGUUUCUGGCAAGCAUGUGCAGCCGACUUGGUGAAUAUUUAACUGGGUGUUAAUGUAAGUAAAUUAUUAGCAGUUGUUGAUUGGGAUAAACAAUCUGGCUAAAGUGUCCCUAGACAUGGUUGAAUUUAGGUGGUUAAACUCUU